AGUUACGUUGCCUCUGUGCUCUAUUGUCAUGUGCUAAAGAAAAUUUUGGGCAUCCAGCUAUCACAGGAAUUGUUUUAGAGCAUUUAAACACUCUUACCAAUUACCAGUUGGGUCUUAAAUGUUUAUCAAAGUGUCCAUGCAGAGAGAGAAAAAUAUAUAACCACCAUUUUGUCUGAAAAUGCAAAGAGAGCUAGUGUUAGCUAGAUACCGUUAGCUUUGCAAUUUUCUAUAAGGAAUGGCAGACAGAAAAGAGAAGACAUUUAGGUUUGUGAUCGUGGGAGGUGGCAUCGCGGGUGUGACAUGUGUUGAGCAGCUGUCAUCCCAGAUUCCAUCAGCUGACGUGGCUCUGAUUACAGCAGGUCCCCAUAUCAAGGCAGUGACCAACUAUAAACAGGUGUCCAAGACACUAGAAGAGUUCGAUGUUGAGGAGCGACCAUCCAGUGUUUUGGUGGAGAAGUUUCCCAACCUUACUGUCAUCCACUCUGCUGUGAAAUCACUUGACACACAAUCACAUUCUGUGGAAACCGCAGACGGACGGGUUUUCGGUUAUGAGAAGCUGUGUAUCUGCGGAGGGGGCACACCCAAGCUCCUAACCUGGGACAACCCUUAUGUCCUGGGGAUACGGGACACAGACAGCGCCCAGCAUCUUCAAAAGCAGUUAUCCAGCGCAAAGAGAAUCGUUGUUGUUGGCAAUGGUGGGAUUGCCCUGGAAUUAGUGUAUGAAGUGGAGGGCUGCGAGGUGAUCUGGGCUGUGAAGGACAAGGCCAUAGGAAACACCUUCUUUGACGCCGGGGCAGCACAGUUCCUCAUUCCAUCACUGGAGGUGGACAAACCAGGAAAAGCUGCUCCCUGUAAGAGACCUCGCUACACCACAGAGGAACCAGGACCAGGAGCGUCCCAGACCUUCACAGCAGAUAAAAACGCACGAAGGCAUGGUUCUGGUCCUACAGAGGCUGGCAGUGCCCUCGGUCCAGACUGGCACGAGGGAAUAGUUCUACGAGGAGCAGAGCAGCUGUCCCACAGAGUUUCACUGGAAUACCAGUGUGAGGUGGAAAAGAUCUUCACCUCUGCGGAGCUGCUCAAUUCCCCUCAGCAAACAUUCAGACCUGAGAACGAAGGAUCCUGGCCAGUUUACAUCAAGCUGACAAAUGGAAAAACAUUUGGCUGUGAUUUUGUUGUCAGUGCCACCGGUGUCGUGCCGAACACUGAGCCAUUUCUCCACGGCAACAAUUUUGCACUGGCAGACGAUGGCGGGCUGCAGGUAGAUGACCACAUGAUGACAUCAGAGCCAGAUGUGUAUGCUGCAGGAGACGUGUGCACUGCAUGCUGGGAACACAGCGCACUGUGGCAGCAGAUGCGUUUGUGGACGCAGGCCCGUCAGAUGGGCUGGUACGCCGGCCGCUGCAUGGCGGCACACGUCUUGUCUGAACCAAUAGAAUUAGACUUCUGCUUCGAACUCUUCUCACACAUCACCAAAUUCUUCAACUACAAGGUGGUCCUGCUGGGGAAGUUUAAUGGGCAGGGGCUGGGGCCCGACCACGAGCUGCUGUUACGCUGUACCAAAGGCCAGGAGUAUGUCAAGGUCGUUCUCAGUGGAGGUAGGAUGGUGGGAGCAGUGCUAAUCGGGGAAACAGACCUGGAAGAGACGUUUGAGAACCUGAUCCUCAACCAGAUGGAUCUGACCCCGUACGGAGAGGAGCUGCUCAACCCCAACAUUGAUAUCGAGGACUACUUUGACUGAGCAUGAGGGGUUUGAUUCAGCAACAUGUUUGGGCCUGACGAAUGUCUAAAGGGCAUGAGAAGGAAAUGUGCAUUCUGUCAUUUCCAUUUUUUUAAUUGGCAAUGAGAAGAAGCUGUCUGAUGAAGUAGCAAUUGUCUUGGUUCUUAUCAACACACUUGUAAAUUAAUGAAUAUAUUUUUCCUUUAAAAUAAAUUAUUUUCAAAACAC